GAGAAAGUUUGCGGUAUUGCGGUGUUGGUAAUUUUUCACGUGGACUAUUUUGCGGUAUUUUGUCAUAUUGUGGUAUCCGGUAAAACAUGUAAGAUGCGGUAUUUUUAAUAUUUGGGUCAAUUUUUGACUUGGUAUAAUCUUAUUUGCCGCUUUUCUUUUUUAAUUGUGUUGCAGUGCUUGGCAACCUUAUCCACUCUAUACUUAUUGCGCAUGCGUAUACUUCUACUUCGUUUAUUAUUGGAUUAUUGUUCACAUAGCUGCUGAAUAUCUUUCAGUGGAAAGCAGACGUCAUCACGACAGCUAUUGCGAAUAACGAGGCGAGUUUCUUUUACAGGGAAAUAAUACAAUAUGCUCCUCAAGGCUGAGGUGAAGUACUGUCACGCAUUAGUUGCGCGGCAGGCUGUCAUGCAUUAGUGACGCGGCAGUGUAAUUCCUGGGUAUUAUUUUUAGAAUGUUUAUUGAUGACACCUCAGAAAAAAAAGAAUUAAAAAAAUCAUUGCCCUGAAUCUGAAUAUGAGUAAACUGGUGUGGUUGUUGGAAGGUUAGUUUGUUAUUGCUGGCUCACAGCAAUGCAAUAUGCUCCUCAGGGCUGAGCUGAGGUGCUGUCACGCGGCAGUGUAAUUCCUUGUCACUUUUUUUAGAAUGUUUAUUGAUGACACCUCAGAAAAAAAAGAAUUAAAAAAAAAUCAUUGCCCUGAAUUUGACUAUGAUUCAGCUGGCGAAGUUGUAUUUGGAAGAUUAGUUUGUUAUUGCUGGUACACAGGGUGGUAUGUUUUGGGGCAACUGCCUGUCACUGGGUUUACUGUGAAAAUAGUUUGAUAUACUGCUGAAUUAUGUAGUAAUAUCUCAGUGCGUUUCAAGAUCUUCCUGCCUGAAACUGAAGUAUUCUGUUGGAUAAUGUUCAAAAAGUAGUGUUAUGUGUGAAUUUUUUUAACAUUAAGUGGAAAGCACCAUAUUGAGCGAUAGUCGCCCAUGCUAAUGCAGGGAGAUAGAAUUUCAUUAAUUGAUAGCGUUGGUCUAUUUUUGUUUUUCACCAGAUCAUUGCAAACAUGACGCAAAGUGGAAUCGGAGCAGCAAGAGAGACUGAUGUUGCGGCACUUAGUUCAGGGCAAUCAUUGGACUUUGAUGACGACACAUUGAAAGGUAAAGACAUUCACUACUGUUAUUAGUUGAUCACCAAAAGAGCUUUGACAUAGCAAGGACGAAUGAAAUUAAAACUAUAGACAAGAACAUCACGGUGACUGGAAAAGAUAUUAAAAAAAUGAUGCACCAUUUUCAACGGGCAUCAUCAGCGACAACAGAAUUUAAAGUAAUUAAAUUGGCUGGAAUUUUAAUUUUAAAGCAAUAUUUACAGAACUAGCAAGUGAUUGCGUAAGAACCACGAACAGUCGAUUAGAGUAUUCUAGGAGCAGGCUUAUCUUGCGAUUCACAUAAGCAGAGAAUUAGCUCUCGGUCUGCACGAUUCACAUAUUCCUAGGCGACUCCAAAAUGAUCUCAACGCACCUCUUAUUCAGUGCAAUGCUUCCGCGUUCCUUUUGUCUAGUAUUCUCUGAGGAUACAAAUCAUGUACGACUCCCUUUUUGGCGUGUUAAACGGAACAUUUAGUCUCAUAUCACUGUUGCUACGUAGUGACCAACUUCACUUCAUGGAAUUAAAAUAGACUGACAAAACCUAGUAGGAAAUAAUCUUGCUUUUUAGAAAUAAAUGUCAAGCAAAACUUUGCAAACCUUGGUAUUGACAUACAGCGCUACCCAAAUUAAAGCCUGACGGGAGGGGUUGGUAACUAGAUGGGAGAUCAGCAGCCGUAUUCUGUCCUGAAAACUUUCAUUCUCUUCCUUUUUCUUUUUUUUAAUUUCAUUUCAUUGAACAUCCUAUUUCUAUGACUAAUGUCAUGGUUUACGCUAUUCAUAAGGUAACUAUUAACACCCAAAGCAAUAGCGCUCAGGUUUAACGACAUUUCAAUCUGCUUCGUUGUCAGCUAUAGCAGAAGUUUACAUGACUGAAGGUAAUGAAGCGUCCUUGAAGGAAGAUUACAGCAACGCCAUUCACUUUUAUACUGAGGGAAUAAAAGUAAACUGCAAGGACCAGGAUCUGAAGGCUAAGCUGUACAGCAACAGAGCAUAUGCAAACCUUCUUUUUGGUGAGACUAUUUGUACUUUUGCAAAUACUGAUGUGGCAAGGAGGGGGUGGGAAGGCGGAGUAGCCGAGUGGUAAGACAGAGGUACUGGAUUUGAAUUGUGAUUAACAGUUUGCUUGAAAUUUCGUAGUCCGCAGAGAAAGAAAUUUCUUUAAAAAUGUGAUGAGGACCAAAUAUUCUAUAUAUAUAUUUUUAACGAAUUGCUGAUCUCGCCAGGGAACUAUUUGAGAACAGUCCAAUCGAAGCAGAUGUCAGUGAUUGACACAUGAUUACAGGGCCGUAGCUAGUUUGUUUUUGUAACGGAGGGCAUUAUCGCGAGUACAGAAGACACGAGGCUUGUGCGGGGGUAUGGGGGUAUCGUCCCCCAGAAAAUUUUCAAAUUUGGAGGUUCCGAAACGUUAUUUUCAGUACUUGUCAUGAGAUAUGUCUCCGAAAAAUCGACCUAGAAUAUGAAAAUGGCAAACAAUUACAAGUCACUAUAACCAAAAUAACUGAGUCUAAAGAAAACAAAUCCAUCCACAUACUUGAUGUGCAGCUGGCCCCCUUGCCCCCUCGCUAGCUACGGCUCUGGAUUAUAUACUUGAUAAUGAAAAAUUGCGGUUUUUACUUUCAGAAACUAAGUAUAAAAAAGGUUCAAACAAACGGGUCAAACAAUAACGUUCUUGUGGGCGUUCCCUUCCAUCAUGUUGCCACGCGCCUUUAUUCUCCGGCCUUUCCCCUCCCCCGUCGCAUGACUGCCAUGCAUGCAUGAACUACUCUCGAAAGAAGUUUUCUUUUUCCAGUGUAAAUUUUUUAAAUGUAAUAUCGUACUAAUAAAAAGUAUUAUGCAUUAUCUGAUUAAUUCACUCAGGAACCUAUGAUUCGUAUGAGCCCCUGAUUCACUACAUUCUGUUUUGGACUUGCUUUAAAAAGGUCAUCCUGUACUUGCCACCUUUUGUGUAUCGUACGUGCUUUGAAUUCUGAUUGGCUCGCUGCGUUUGCUGUGUGUGACAUUUUGGCUUCUGUUUUUCAACAUUCCUAGGAAAUUACAUUUAUUCACUGGUAGACGCAAAAGUAGCCACGGACAUGCGACCACUGUCAGUAAUACCAAUAAUAGCAGGUAAUUCCAAAGGUUUAGUACUUUGUCCUUAAGAAACAAACAGUUUAUGACGUGCUGAAAGCGUUUGAAUUUAACCACAUUAUAACUCAAAACCGUAACCGGCGUUCUUUGAUUAGUUACCUUAAUUUUUUCAAACUUUUAGAAACUAUGCAAGAAUGAAAUUGAAGCUUAGACUUAGGAUCAAUGACUGAAUUCACAGAGUCACAUCAUUUCGAUCACAGGCCUCUCGAGACUACGAAAACAGAACUUGAUCAGCUGGAAAUCAGCAAUCACCCUUCAUUGUCCUUUUGCGAUGUUGGCUGAUUAUGACAGUGGCGGUCAUGAUCAAGUUUUAUAUGUUUAACAUUUCAGUUAUAAUUUUCUGUUGAUUCCGCUAAGCGCUGUUUCGAUAGAAUGGAAGAAAGGAAACAGGCUUGUGUCGCUGAAUAUUCUAGAUUUACUGAUUUACACUACUUUCACUAUUUCAGGAGUGCAAGCUUUAACGAGAUUGAAUCUGUUUAAGCUGGCGAUCACGUGGUGUGAUAGAGGAUUAGCAGUAUCCUUUUGUUCAUUGCAUGCCUGCAUCAUGAUCAAAAGAUAGUUUACCUUUGCUACUUGCUAUACUCCUUACUAUGUUAUGAUUAAAGUUCCACAUAGAGUAUGAUUACAAAACGUCUUUGAAACGUGUCUCGCGUUCAAAGCAAAAACAAAUUACAUUGCAAAUAAAAUGUGAUUACAAGCCCUCUUUAAAACCUAUAAGAGAGAAAGAAGAUCCAGGGGACUAGGUUCGAAUUUACUCCAACCAAAAGGACAUGGAGUAUGUCUCAGCUUCCAAUAUUAGAGCCUCAGUGUGUUCAAACCCAGUCUCACCAGUUACACGAUCUACCCUAUUUCUCUUCCACCUUCUCAUCCCUGAGCUACGCGAGGUUCUGCCAGUUCUUCAGUUCACGUAUUUCUAGUCUCAAGGAGUCUUAUGAAUGGUUUCAACACCGUAUUGAGUGAACUUGUAUUAAUUGCCACUGGUAUCCUAAAAGGUAAAAUUGGUAAUACUCCUCAUAUUGUAAGCAUAAUUUACACACGACGACAACAACAACAACUUAUUUAUCCAUGGCGUCGUCCUUCCCCAGGGAACCGUGUACUAUAGCUAAGUAAUAAAUGGAUUAUACAUAGUGAAAUUUAAAAUUAAUUAUGCCUUUACAAGUAUACCUUAAGGUUUCUAUACUAAACGUACAGUAGAGAAAUAUAAUGACUUACUUUUUUACAGUAUAAAAAGUUGUUAACAGCCAGUUAACACAGGUACCCCAAGCUCACGAGUGAGAAUCGUUGUUGCGUAACAGAACUGUUUGUAUGGGGAUUUUAGCGAUCGUCGUUAUUAAGGGGUCAAAAAUGGCAAUAAAAAUAUAAUACAUCAAAACUUUUUACCUUGCCUCGUUGUUUUACUGGUUGUGGUGUGUUGUUAGGAUCUUCGGCCGUUUCAGGGCGAUUCCAGCGAGUUUUAGUUCUGCAGCUGUUCUUUCUAAGUGAAACUUCUAGUUGUUUUAAUAGUAUAAAAGUUGUUAACUGGCCUAUUGGCCUGCUAGGCCUCAGCUGACAAACUGUUCCAUGGGACAACAUCCUGAUAUCGGAAACUCUCUGUAAAGAGUCUUGGCAUAGAAUGAAAAUAUUUUUGUUGCGGGCCCCAAAGAUUAUGUCUACGAAUGAUAUUCAUGUUUGCAAAUUCCACAAGGAUGAUUCGAGUGCUUGUUUAUCCUGUGGUUUAAACUCGUCUGUGAACGAGGCUUAUCCAGUCGAGGUCGCGGAGAAUCUGAGCAGAUCUGACAUCUCACCCGGAUCCACAUAUUAUAAAUGCAAUUGUCGCAAUUUUUCAGGCUUUUGACUAAGUCCAGCACCAAUAUCCCCACACGCAACUCCACAAUAAUCGGGAUAAGACAUCAUAUCGGGAUAAGGCGGGAUAAACCAACAAUUUGUAAGCUGUUACCAGAAUUCUUUCGGGACGUAUUGGCUUCAGUUCCCUAAGCUAGGGCCGCAAAUGCUAUUGUAACUUUAUUGUUGAUCUCUUAACUAUGAAAAAAAAAGCUACUGUUUUACUACGUUAUUUGGCGUGAGCGCCGAUGUGAAUUGAGCCAUUGUUUCGCAUUGCUAGCUUAGGUUAUGAAUUAGGGAUAAGAACAACUCUUUAGGGUUUUUAGACGCCUAAGCGAGGUUAGUGGAGUUCAAAAUUUCUAGCAAAGGAUAGUUAGUUACAAUAUGGCAAGUCAUUGAUACAUAAUGGGAAUAUCAGGGGUCCGAAGAUAGAGCCCUAAGGCGCCCCGAAACGUCCACAAGUUCUUUCAGAUUUGACGCUGUUUAUCGCUGUAACCUUUAUUGUAUUAAAUUUUCUGUUUCUGAAGAGGUUCAAGUUCGAAUGCCCUUUUCAGCUUGAUAAACAGAAUGGUGUUUGUUAAAUCAUUUCUCGAUAUCUAAAGUGUCAAAUGCCGUCGAUAUGUCGACAAGAGCUCUCAAAGUAAAGUAUUGAGAGAAUUAGAGACUGUAGCUAUAAGUGAACUUAUUUGAUGCCUUGGAAACUAAGAAAGCUGGGAUACUGUUGAGGCCAUUUCAGUGAGAGAAGAAAGAAGAAAUGGCUUGACUUUGGGUUUUUGUUAGUCACACAUAAUGUCAAAGUCAGGAUCAGGCAGGUUAGACCUGAUCCUGUAAUUAAUUACAUUCUGAUUGUACAUGGUGACACCUCCAGCUUCUCUUUAUAAGGGGCGUAGCCAGAAUAAGUUCCGGAGGUACGCACAAUUUUCCCCCUCCCCCAGUUUUCUCUCCAUCCAGUUCUUUCUUAACAGUAAGACGUGGGAGAAUCAUAUAGGAGACGGAUGUGCAUGCAGGCCCAUGUUCCCAGGGACAAUGUCAGCUGAAAUAUGAUAUUUAGGCGGUUUGAAACAGCUAGAAAUGCGUCUAAAAUUAGCAUUCUUCUUACAGAUACUGCGGAAAAUUUCAAGUUACUUAUGAUGAACAACUUACUCAGCCUUUUUAGCCCCUCAUGAGGAUUAGUUUUGUUUAACAGAAAUAUUGGGAAAAUAAAUUGCCCAUCCUACGCUGUCCGAUCAGCCUUGACUUUAAUUCAUAGGAACUCACUGAACAGGUCCACUAGUUGAUAUUCAGUUAGAACAAACAUAAGAAGUACUUAAUUUAUAAUGAAACUUCAUCCCUUAACAAUGUCAAAAGAUCGAAACGGAAAACACCACUUUGAUGGAGCUCAGAAAGCUGGCAACAGACAUGGACAACGAGGUAUCUUGGUUUGUUUCUAUAAUAAGCAUUUCGCUUUGAUUUAGCGAUGAAAAUAGCUUUUCAUGCUGUCCUGAUAUUGCAAGUUGACUCUAAUAAAAGCCGAGAUGCGAUCGGUACCACAAUCCGUCAACUAAGGGCUCCGCCUUUAAAGCAAUUUUACUAACAGUUCGCGUUACGUUCAAAUUACCCUGUACUAAGUUCAUAAAAUGGUUGCUAAACAAUCAACCCAUGAAAAUCAGGCAUUAUAUUCAAUUAUUGUUUAUUCAAAAAGUUUCUCUUUUCUGAUUGGCUCAAUUCCCGCGGCUUAUUCUUCAUAACCAGCUGGCGUUGACCAAAUUUGGAAGGAGUACUACAGCCUAAUUGCUAGAAAAUAGACUGAAAACUGGGAAGUCUUUGAUCGAGAUUGCGUUGUUUUGGUGGAGAAUUACAAAACGACGGAAAAUUUUUCACGUUUCGCAAAGAAAAAAUAGCUGAACUAUUGCCUAAAAUCGUAGCAAGAAUGGAGAAUAUCUGCAGAACUCAUGAUCUGCAGAACUGAACAUCCCUCUAAAUCCUGAACUUGUCGAGAAACAGGCAACUAUACUGAGACAACUGAAGACGGUCCUCCUCGGCUAACACCCUUCAAAUCAUAUUCAGCCUCAUUUGGUAAUUGUUAAUUAACACACUAAUCAUCCAACAAAGAGGUUCCAAACUUUCACCCACAGCAGACACGAGAUAGAGACGAGAAACUUUAAUUAACGGUAUUUCCUCUUUUAGUCCUCUGAGCAUUUUCUGUUUUAGUUCUUCUGAACUGGUGGCCAGUCAGGGAGGGAGGUUGCUCAUUAGUAAUUGGGGUUUAAUGAAUUACUCUGUUUUUUUUGCGGAGGAGAGGGGAGAAAAUUCAUAACUGUCUAUAUACAGUAUUCAUAGCUUUUUACUGCUGAGAGAAAAGGAGAAUGAAACACUCACAUAGUAGUUAAUUGUCAUUUUAUGGGUCUAAAAACUGAACCAUUUCAAUAUGUAUACAGUUGAAAUCUCUCAGUUUUUUAAACCGGUGUCUAUUACUGACUUGAUUUAGUAAUAUGGUACUCAUAAACAAGUAUCUCAUCGUUAUCACAAUUUUAAAAUGAGAGUAGGCAUUGGUGUGAAAAGGUUGACUUUAUCGCACCUUUCCUUGUUUGAGUGACUUCAUUGUUUUCCGAAACGUAACUGAGUGAUACCAUUAUUUUUUUCUCGCCUACCCCGAAAUCACUGUGGAGAAUGGAUUGCCUAAACUUGGUUAUUUGCUGACGACUCUUAAAUACGAUUUUUUUCUUGAUAUAAGACAAGACACACGGAAUAAAUUCAAAAAUCACUUCACUCUAUGGCACGCGUCGGUAGCCAAACUGAUUGUCGCACCUUUUUCGUGAGACAAAGCUGGCUCGACAGGGCCCAAGUUUAGAACGGCUUCAAGUAAAAAAUACGUCUUUUUCUCGUUUGAUUCUAAUUUUGUAGAAGUAGUUUCAAGGUCAUACCAAAAACUAAUCUGUAAAAAUGUUUCGGGUGCUGUUGCUUGGUUUAAAAGCUGAGCGGGACUCGCGGGUUGAAGAAAAAGCGUUUAAUAAGACAAUAACGUGAAAAGGCGCUAAUUAGAGCACUUUAGGGAAAAUAGCUGGGUGGGUUGGCUUAGUUUUAUUUCAUGGUAUAUUUUCUUCACACCCUACUCCCCUAAGUCAGCAUUUGUUACGCUACGGUGGCUUACGAAGAUUUGAAUUUCGCGGUCGAUGAUCUGGCUACGCAUCGGUAAUCCCAACCUUUGUUUCUCGAAUAAUAGGGGCAAUUUACCUUAAAACAAUAACCAUAAAAGACCAUAAAAGGAGCGAAAGUCUCUGUCAUUGUUAACCCAAAAUUGCAUAUAGUUGACACAGCGCGCUUCGUUUGCAAGCCACAAGCCGGCUAACAAAUAACAUGUUUUACAGUCAAACCAGAUCAAGCGUUCCCGUCGCUAACGAACUAAUGAAUUCAUUCACGGAAAAAUGAUUUCGUUUGUUGAUUCAAUAAUCCAUUCAUAAAAUGAACAAUCCAGCAGUCAUAUUUAGCCUCGAUUCCAUAAUCGAAUGUUGAUUCGAUUACUGUUUUUUGAAAAAUUACACUUUCCACAAGUUGACCUCAGAAUUUUGUUUUUUCCUCUUUUUUUUCUGAGAAUCGAGUGCUGGCGAGUUUUGAAGUUCAAACCCAAACAAACUGUUACAUGUACGCCAGUUUGCUGCCAGUAAUCAGUGCAACAGACCUAGGCCUGACCUCUUAGAAAACACGACGGUCAAACUGAGGUCAGUGUAUGUGCGGUGAUUGGUGGAUUUCGAUCCUCGGCCUUUGUCAGUUUCUUUGCGUUUGCGGUCUGUCUAUUCUAGCUGUUAUUUUGAUUAAAGGCAAUGAAAAACGCAAUCGUAAACGGCAGGAAAAGGGAAGCAAAUACGAUUGAACACAACAGACAAGAAUAAAGAACAGGUAGAUUUUGUUCAUAAACCAAAUCAACAUUUGAUUAUUGAAUCGAGGUACAAUUUGACUCUUGGAUUAUUCAUUUUAUGAAUGGAUUAUUGAAUCAACAAACGAAAUCAUUUUUCCAUUAAUGAAUUCAUUACUUUGUUAGCGACGGGAACGCUUGACCUGGUUUGACUGUAAAGGCAUCUCAACCACUUAGCCGUGAGAAAUUUAUAACAUCUUUGAUAGGAUAAACAUUUUUUGUGCGAAAAUAUUCGGAAUUCUAGCUCAAUUGUGGCUAAAAUCGGCAAAAAGGCGUGCAUCAUGGAGAUCCGUCUAGCUCGACGGUUUCGUUGUAACUGAGCUACUUGAUAAUUCGCCCCAUGAUCCUUUGCGAACUGCUGCCCAACCUCCCCUGAUCCAUUUCUAACUCUGAACGCUAUUCUCAUCGUGUGUCGAUCAUUCAACAUGUCUGUACGCGUUCAACUAUUUUUUUUUAAAUCUAAGUCUAGACGAUAAGAUGUAAGCGACCAAAGUUUCGUUUCCAUCCGUGGAUAAGCAAUCUGCGAUACGGAAAAAGAUGGCGCUCCCCGUUGCAUCCUGGGUAGAUCAACGAAAUGUUGGUUCUACUAUUGACGAACGUUUUGAUCAACCGAAUUUUAAAGCGCAUAAGAACUUGGAAAGUGUUCUUGUUAACUUUCUUAAUGACGACGAUUUUUCUUCUCAAAUUAAGUUAAUAAAAGAAAAUUAUGCAGAAGACAUCAAGUACUAUUAUCUUCUUCCCCAGUUGGAGAUAUUCAAGGUUCUGAUGAAGGGCAAACAAACAAAUCGAAAGUUUUUCAGAUAUAUUACAUUAAAUAAAGUGAAGAGGCAGAAGAGCCUUGCUUGAGCGUGCCAUGAUUAUUGCGGUUGUACAAAUCUGCAAACUAGCUUCUCCACGUCAAUCCAGUCGCUGCAGCAACGGGCGAAAGAUCAUUUUAGUUUUCUGUGGCGCGCAGAGUCAAAACCUGUCUGCGCGCUAAGAUGACCCAGCAGAGAUUUAAGAGUGGUGCAAUCUUAAUUACUCAUAAGACAAAAACUGACGCUGUGCGACUUGCUGAUGUGGCUUAAGAAUUUGUCAGUCGAAAUGAUAACCGCAAACGUAACUUUGGAAUAUUUAUAUACUGACGCUGAUCAUUCAUAUAGCCAGCUAACUGGACUCCACAUGAUAAACCCGACAUGGGCUAACGCGAAACUUUUAAGGCUUAUUUCUUUUUCUUGAUAUUUUGUUAAUUCUGUUUGGUGAAAUCCAGUUUAAUUGGUAAAAGAAUAUAAAUUUAAGGAUUGGCCUUAAUAUUAUUUGAAUCUUUUGUCACAUUAAAUGAACGCCAUAUAUUUUAAUCAAGUUGAAAUGUACGUUUUUGUGUAGAAAAUAAAGAAAAUGGUGAUUAAAAUUUAAAAACAUUUUCCCUGGUUUGAUAUACGCGUUUUUGGUGAUUUUACGGGCUCUAAAUUUCAAAAUUUUCCGGGGGAACAUACCCCCGGACCCCCUUAGAUAUACUGGCGCGUUCGACGCUCGUUCAGCCCCACCAAUCCAAAAUACGUUCCGCGGUCCCUGUACAUCCUCCGUAAACAAGCGUUUACACUUACACACACACCAAAUCAUACACCCUUGCACACACCAAACGUAACUAGCUAUAGUUGAUUAAUUUAGACCACUUCUCUGACGUCGAUAUAUUUUCUUCUUCUAUCUUCUCCUUUUAAAGAGCUAGCGAGGUAGAAUAUCUUAAAACCGUGGAUUUUACCACCAUGCAAUGCCUUAGAGUACAAAAGGUUUUUGCCAAUGAGAAUUAAAUAUUUGAGUAAAAGAAGACCAGUUUUUCAUUACACCAUUCAUUAUUUGAUUUUUGCAAAGAGUUAGAGAUUGUUUAGUUAAAGACUGAUUCAAAGAGAAAUCUAGUACGAAAAGGAAAAAGCAAAGUAACAAGAUUGAAAUUUAUUCUUGUAUUUACUCCUAUUUCUUAGGCGGCACGUGUAAUGCCUUUUUUGAAACACGAAUUUCAUGCUUACCUACUCAGAUCACCACUGAGUUAAAAAUUUACCUUCUGGCAAAACAAAUAAAACAGAUAUCACAAAUUUCAUGAAGCUAAUUUCUUCACUUCUUCUUUAAUCCAUUUUUUUUGGCAAAAAUAGCCAAAGCGUACAUAGUAUUUUCCUGAAAUUUUAUCUCAAAUAAUUAUACUGUUUUCUCGAAGAGCUGUAGAUUAGUUGUGAACGUAAGUAUUACAUGUAAAAUCUUGGACGACCUUCUUAUUUCUUCAGAGCUGGUAGCUGCAGUUUAGGUUAGUCUUUGCAUAGGAAGACAUUGCCAGUUUCCAAAACAAGCUACAGGAGUAUCAAUAUUAAAAUAAAAGUAUAAAAAGAUAUGAGGAGGAUUUUCAGGUUAAGGACAUUUAUUAUUUUAACAGCUUUAUAAAGGACAGAUCGGGAUAUAACUGAUUUUACAUAGGAUAAAACACUCUUAUUUUUGCUGUUUUUAGUCAUGCGGUGAAGGUAAAAGAAAGCAGGAGCAACCCGACAGCACUUCCCGCGUAAAGGAUUGCUUGUGCAAUUAUCACCUUGGAAUGAAAGCUUUAAAAGGCGGUGAUUAUAAAACAGCCCGAUAUUACUUCGAGUUGGCAUUAAAGGAAGCCAGAGAGAUCGGAAAUAAAGAUUCUAAAGGGACUGCAUAUAACAACCUUGGCAAUGCCUACCACGAUCUCGGUGAUUUGCAGAAAGCAAUCGAGUGUUUUCAGCUGAGUCUAAGUAUCGCAGAAAAGACUGGAAACAAAAAUUCUGAAGAAACUGCAUAUAACAAGCUUGGCGAUGCCUACCGUCAUCUCGGUGAUUUGCAGAAAGCAAUCGAGUGUUUUCAGCUGAGUAUAAGUAUCGCAGAAAAGACUGGAAACAAAAAUUCUGAGGGAAGAGCAUAUAACAACCUUGGCCUUGUCUAUCACGAUCUCGGUGAUUUGCAGAAAGCAAUCGAGUGUUUUCAGCUGAGU